UUUAUUUUUAUGAUAAGACGUCGCCUUUGGUGACAACUUCUCAUGGAUGCAGGUUUAGAAAGUAUUAAUGUUCUUUAAGAUAUACGUUCAAAAAGGGUGUUCUUAUAAUACAGAUGAUAAGUUCUCAUCAAAACAUUUUAAAAGUUUGCGCUCUUUUUAUAGGAUUACUUACAAACAUCCCUUAUGGGUUGAUGUUAGGAUGGCCAUCGCCCACGUUUCCUACAUUGAUAUCAGCCGAAAGUCCUGUCCCUAUAACAUUAGACCAAAGUGCUUUAGUCGCUGGUUUCCUGACAUUAGGUUACAUUUCUUCCAUGUUUACUCCCUCGCUAUCAAAGUAUACCGAAUAUGGAGUCGUGACGGGUGUACUUUUUAUGUUGGGAGGAUGGUUGACAAUGUACAUGGCGUUCAAUUUUGAAACCAUCAUCGUGAGUCGAUUCCUUAUUGGCCUAGGAUAUGGAAUCAACUUGGUUCACCUUAAACAUCUCAUCAAUGAAGUGCUAUUUCUUCCUCAAGUGAAAUUGUUCGACAAAAUAAUUUCUUGUUUUGUGUUAUCGGGUUUUGUGUUAUCCUACAUUAUUGGACCACGCGUUUCGUUCAAAUUGUUUUCAAUUAUUUGUGUAGUAGUCACCACGAUAAUUUUUACGUGUGCCAUUGUCCUUCCAAUUAUCUUGUUACACAUUCGUUCAAAUUGCGAGAAGAAUUUGUUAAGUAUUAAAGACCUUUUUAUCUGUGACAACAACAAUGUGAUUUCUGCGAUUAAAAAGGGCCUGGCUUGGAGGAGGCUUUUGGUUAUUGUGUUGACGUCAUUUUUGCAACAAUUUUGUGGCUUUCCAGCUUCCUUAGUUUAUACCCAGCUCAUUUUUAAGUUAUUUGGACUUCGCAGGCCCGAAGAUUAUGCCCUUGUUUACGCAAUUAUUUACUGUUUCGUGUUCUUGAUAUGUCUUUUUAGUGAACGCCAUAGUAAAAUAAAUUGUAGAGUUACUAUUAUUGUGUCAAGUAUUUUUAUUUCUCUUUGCCUAUGCGCGGAAGCAGCAGUGUUAUUUUUUGAUGUAGAUAAAUUAUUUUGGAGUUAUACUUCAUUCAGUAUCAUGAUACUUUUUUGUAUAUGUCAUACUGCGGGAAUAAGUACAGUAACUGGAAGGUUAACAGUAACGUAUUUUGAAGAUUCUGACGUUCAAAAGUUUGCCAGCAAUUGUCAAUUGUUUUGUUUGUUAAUAUUCGCAUUAACCGGAACCAAAACGUUUCAGAUCAUCCUAGGAUUGUUUGGACUCACGUGUGCAUUUCUUUUCUGUUUGUGCAUAAGCCUUUUGUUCAUCGUAUUCGCAAUCCUCUUUAUUUAAUAAUAAAGCAAUGAACGAAGUAAACAAACUAUAGAUUAUCACUUCAGUUUUUUAGGCGUUCCAAACAAUUCAAGGGAAACAAUGAAGCCAAAAAAAUAAAUUUCCAGUAUGCUUUGUCUGAGUUCAUAUUAUUUUAAUGAGACUGGUAAACCAUGUAGCCAACGAAAUGCAUAAAAACAUGCAGUUUGCAUUUUCUGUAUAUAAAAUCGUCAGUAUUGUUAUAUAAACAUAUUUAUUUAGAAAUAUAAUUACUAUAAUGUAGUAUUUAAAACCAAAUUUCUGUAGUUUAGAA